AAUAAUCUGUGGUUAAAUUGUUGUGAGUCAAUCUCUCGUCGGUGUACGAUAGUGAUUUGCUUUUAUAUCUCAGUUUUUACCAUAAAAUUGAGUUAACAAAUAAUGUAAAAUGGCUAUAAACUUAGACAGACAUAGGGAGGCAUUACUUGCUGCGUGGAAAGAUGUGUUAGACGAGAAAACUGAGACGAACUGGGCUUUAUUUGGUUACGACGGCUUAUCGAACGACCUAAAAUUCGUCAGUAAAGGAGAUGGGGGUCUUAUGGAGCUCAUUGACGAUUUCAAUAGUGGUAAAAUUCAGUAUGCUUUCUUAAAAGUGGACAUUCCAAAUGGUAGCAUAUCUAAGUAUGUGCUUAUCAACUGGCAGGGUGAAGGUGCUCCAACAGUCCGCAAAGGAACUUGUGCAAACCACAUCAAACAUGUUGCUCAGUUCUUCACUGGUUUUCAUAUGACAAUGCAUGCGCGAACAGAAGAUGAUCUUGAUGAGAAGGUCAUAUUGGAUAAAUUGGCCAAAGCCGGAUCCUCCUUUAAUUUUAAGACCAGCAGACCAGAGGAGCUGCCACCCAGUGGGCCUGUGGGCACAGUUUAUAAAAAAGUUAAUCCAGUUCAAGAAAUAAAUUCAAAGGAAAGAGAUCAAUUUUGGUUGAAAGAAGAACAAGAGGAAAAGAAACGCGUGGAGGCUGAGAGGAAACGAAGAGAGGAGGAGAAAAGAAAAGCUGAGGAAGAUGUCAGGAAAAGAGACGAAAUGGAAGCGGCAAGGAGAGCACAAGCUGAGCAGCAGAAAAAUUCAAGCCCGCCGUCAGUUGGUGCUAACGCGGGUGGCGCCGCGGUCGCGAGCGAGUCUGUACGGCGUCAGCGGUCGGCAGAGGCACGGCAACUAAUCGGUGCUUCCACCGCCGCGGCGCGCGCUAUGUUCCAGCAGAACCUCGCGCAAGGACAGAUGACUAACAAAUCAAACACAACCGUGCCAGAGAAACCGAUCCGCAGCUCCGUGAUAGCGCAACGCAUCAACACAUUCAGUCAAGCGCAAAACGCUUCACCUACGCCCACUUCGCCUCCUGUCCAGUCGCCGUCUAAAGUCGAAACAAAAUCUACGUUACACGAAGAACCUGUAGAACAAACUAAAACCAGCCCGUUAAAGAACAUAGACAAAAUAAAGAUGAGUCUGGAAAGUCCUUCGCAGAUACAAUACGAACCGAUCAUAGACCCGUCAGCGGAUCUGAGUCCGAGUACAGAAAACGAGCCGGGUUCGUUUAGUGCAAUCAACUAUUCGGAAUAUGAACAAAAUGAAAACAAUUAUAGAGAUAUAGACGGCGACUCGUUGAAACAGAGCGAGCCGAUGAUAAAACAGAACAUUCUAGAGAACGAUAUGUUCGACGCGUCGUAUUCGAGUUCGAACGAAAACGAUGACGACGAUAGCGACAAUAAGUUCAGUACGAUCAAACGGUCGCCGUACAGUAAGAAUAAUAUUGCGGAAGAAAAUGAGCGGUCAGAACUGAGCAGACAGAAUACUGUUAUUGAGAAUGUCAAUUAUAAGAAGGAACAGAACGGCACUAACGCGUAUGAAGAUGUAUCACCAGAAGGAGAAGAAAGCACAAUAUAUGAGGAUUUGGAUGAAGAUCCCGGACUGACGGCAAGAGCGUUGUACGAUUAUCAAGCUGCGGACGAGUCGGAGAUCACGUUCGACCCUGGCGAUAUUAUUACGCACAUAGAGCAGAUCGACGCCGGCUGGUGGCAAGGCCUUGGACCCCACGGCGUAUUUGGCCUGUUCCCGGCCAACUAUGUGGAACUAUUACCGUGCCACCCCCGCUAGUGGACAAUCGAACACGACUGAGGAGGUAGGUCACAUCAGUGAUCGCCAAUUUUGUAUUUAUUAUUAAUGUGUACAGCGUGCACUUAGUAAGAUAGAUUGUCAGUGUCAUACAGUCUCAGAAUAUGAAGUAAACUGAAAGACGUGUACGCAUAAAGACUUGUUUGAAGCCACUAAAACUUAAUUUUGUUUUAGAGCAAAUUAGCGGUAAUUUAAGCAUUAUUAAAUGGUCAUUUUUAGAGAAUAACAAAAUAAUAUAAAAAUAAGAGAUGUAGGUUUUUUUUAAUGCAUGAUAAUGCAAUGGUAACUCCGCCUGCGCUAACGGUAUACGCGGGGCACCAGUCAGGGAUGAUAGGUGAGAAUGAAAAGGCAGAUCAGUUAGUCCAUAGUGAUGAAUACACCCGGAAUUCAGCACGAUGGUUUCCAAGGGGGACCACGUGGAGGUCGACCUGCUAUGGUACAUUGCUAGCAAUGGGAUUAGUAGUCCGCGUUACUAACACUCUCUUCCUCCCCAUGAGAUAUAGGUUCGGGCUAAAGGGAUGUAUAAAAUAUAAUAAAAAAUGGAUAAUAAAAUAGAAUAAUAAAAAAUAGCCAAAAAGGGAUGGGCGGGGCAUAUAUUCAGCAAUGGACACUUAUUGGCUGAUAUGAUAUGAUGAAGUAUGAUAUAAAAGAAUGCUUUUAGCCACAUCUUAGUAUAUCUUAUUAUACAAAUUAGUAUAAAAGAUAUAUACUAAGAUAGUUUUACUAAACAAAAUUUGAAUGAUUGGAGAAAAGACUAGAAUUUGCCUGCUUGUUUUUAAUUUACGAAAUAUGGAGCCAUAACAUCAGAGCUUAAGAAUGGCAACACAUAUAGGAUACUAUAGUUAUCACAAUGUUUUCACGUCCAUAAUGCUGUUCAGGUUAAUAGGCCAUACGCUUUCCACCAAGUGGAUCGUCAGCUAGCUAGAUUGCUAGUCUAAGAAAUGAAAAAAUCAUACUAAUAGAACGUUUGCGCUUGUAAUUAAUCACUGUGUUGUAUUAGUGAGCUGUACAAUUGUAAUUUCAUUUGUUUUGACGGAAAAGAUUUUUAUAAACUAGCAACAUUACAUGAAAGAGUACGUGGCGUACGUUUAUUGAUUUUUUAACACCGAAUGGCAAAUGCGACUGCUUUUGGUUUGUUGCAUAUUCUGAUUCUGAAUUUGCAGUAUUUAAUGUCGGAGACGUCAUACACUUUAUUUCUGUAAUAUGUUUUUGGCACUCGGUUCUCUUUGCCUACCCUGCAAGAGACAUGGCGUGAAGAUAGAUACAUAAAACGUUAUGCCACUUUUUCUCUACUAUUUUUUUCUUCCAGAUUUUUUUAUUUUUUGGUAGUGAAAAUGCCAGAAAGAAUAUUGUGAUUGGAUGGAAAAAUUGAAACAAUUUUAUUUAUAUCAUGGCACAGAGAAGAACUGUAUACUCGUGUUGAAUUCUCAGUCAUAUUCAGCAUUCCCAUUAGUACGGAAUAUAUAUAUAUAUAUAUAUAUAUAUAUGGGACAUAUAAACCUCUAUCAUCUAAAAUUACCUGCAUUCUAGCAAAAGAAAUUCAUUUCAUUUCAUUUCAUAUGACAUUUGCACGAAAUUAUUAUUAGACAAUAUUUUUUAUUUGUCUUAUUUUCUUUUCCUCUAUCAAUCAAUUGGUACCAUUGGUAUAAAUAUUGGUACUAGGGUUAUUUGGAUGGAAAAAGUGGCAUAAAAUGUUCAACCAUUGAAUAAAAAUUAUUUGUAGUCAUCAAUUAACCUGAAGUCUGAACAAAGUUUUAGUAGUUUUGUUUGAGGUAUAAUGUAACCAAGUUCUGUAGCACAUAAGAGACGUUUAAAGUUGACAUUACGUUGAAUAUAGAAUAAUGUAGUGUCGCCUUUAGAUUCUCCAAUUAGUCAUAUUAGAGGCAUUGUUUACCAAGCUACCUGCCUCAACUUAUUUGGCUCAAAGUGAUUUCUAAUACAUAAUAUUAAGGUUGUUUAUCAUAUAGUUUAAUUUUUCUUUUAAAAAUAUUAGUAAAAGACAUCAUGUUCUUACACAAUAGUGAAUUCAGUUUUUAUUUUUAAUUACAUUAGAAAUAUAUUUGAGUGAUAUUGCCUAGACGUUAGGCUUUUGUCAUUCACAAAAACGUAUUAAUAAAUGUAUAAAAAUGUAUUUGGCGUGUAUUGGAAUAUUUUAUGCAGUAAAUCUUGUUUAUAUGACUGUAUUUAAAUUAAAUUGAAUUAAAAUAUUGACAAGACAGCGAUUCAUUACUUUUGUAUUUUUAUUUGGAGGAAACUACGCAAAAAGAUCUAUCUGGAUUUAACGAUGUUAUUAAGUAACGGAGACUUUUCUUAGCUUUAAAACAUGAUGAAUUUAAUUUUGUAGUAAUUAUUUAUGUACAAAUUACAAUUUUUUUUUAAUUAUAGCAACAAUCUUGGGACCACACAUUUUCAUUUAUGUCUACUUCAAUAGAAAUAACUCGCAACUUUUUUUUAAAUUAAUGGUACAAUUUGUGACUAUAUUAUCCAAUUUAUUGAUCAUGUAUUCGUAUUUUUUCCGCGAAAAUUACGUAUGAAGUCUACAGAACAAAUAAGCAGUGAAAUAUUUUUAGUCGAAAAGAAAAGAUCCGAUUUAUAUAUUUUUUUAACAUGAAGCAUAUUUCUCACGAGAGGCCUAACACUCGUAUGGCUAGCUGACAUUUGGUUUCCCAAUGAAUUAUACACAUAUGUUUAUUAUUUGUUUGUAUGUUCAUUUAAUAGUAAUACACGUAAUGUGAGAGAAAUUAGUAUUAAGGAGAAUGUUAGAUAAAAAAAGUGAUGUGUAUAAUGUUGAUGUAUGUAUAUUUGUCUGAAAAUGGAUGGAUAAUUUUCUGACCGUUAAGGUCGAAAAAAUGAUUUUUCUUUACUUUUUAUUUCAUAUAAUACAAUAAAAACAGAAUGUUCCGUAAUUAAAAAUUUUUAAAUGUAACUUUAAUUCAAAUUUUACUUUUUUUUAUAUCGAAAACUAUAAAACCUAAGUCAAAAUCUAAUAUUAUAUCUAUGUGUUAUUAAUUUUAAGGGUAUAUCCCAGUAGGACACAAAUAAGCUCUUAGGUUUCAUUAUAAAAAAAUAAUAUUAAUUGAUCUAAAUAUUUAGAAAAAAAAAAUACACUUUUUUUGUUAUAAUUGAUUAUUGGAUAAAUAUUUCCCGUUUAUUUAAAUAGUUUCUAAGUACAAACAUAGAAGAAGCUGUACUUCUGUUUUAGAACAAGCGUACAAUGAUGUUGGUAAACAGUGAUUUUUUUUUUGUUUUCUAUAUUUAUUAAAUAUAAACUGGGAUAUACUCUAGGAAAAUUAUACUAACGAAGUAAUUUUAUUUAGUCAAAAUAAAAGGGGCGUUGUUACGCCGAUGAUCGUGGGGAAAUUAUGUGGAUGAUUUAUUACAAUUUCCAUCAUGACCCAAUGGUGACAUUUUUUUUUUUAAUGGAUGACAAUCGUUGGACAACCCCGCCUGCGUUAACGGUAUACGCUGGCGAGGCACCAGUGAGGGAUGAUAUAUGAAGAUUAAAAGGCAGGUCAUUUAGCCAUCGUGAUGAAUUCACUUUUUAGGGGGAACCGUGAGGAGGUCGACCUGACACGGCGUAUUGCUAGCAAUGGGGCUACUAGUCCUCAUUACUAACAAUCCCUUCUUCCCCCCUGGUGAAGUUAUUAAUAAUAAUAUAAUAAGUGCAAGGACAUACGCGUGUACAGCUAUGAUUUGUAACACUUAUUGGAAUGCAAUUAAUUUUAUUAAGAAGAUAAAUAAUUCAGUACAUAAUCGUGAGUUGUAUAGGUGUGUGACCUUUAAACUUUUUGGGCCUGGAACUGUACAUAAAUCGUAAUUACAGAUAUAGUUGACAGUAGGUGACGCGGUUGUUCUAAUUGUUUAUUUUGUUCAUCGAAAACGUCUGUUUUUCAUACAUUUUAACAAUUUUGCGUUAUCUAUUCAUAUUUAUAUAAUUGUGUUGUAAUCAUAUUGAAACUUUAUUGACUGCUUUAAUUUUAAUAUAAUAUUACAAAUGCUUUUAGCGGUACUUAGAUUACGCGACUUAUUUAUUUAGUUUGGAUAAGUGCUCGAUGUAAAAUGAAAUUUAUUAGAUUUACUGCUUUUUUAUUACAUUACAUCAAUUAAUUAAUACUAGUUAUUUUAUAAAGGAUUAGUUGUGAUGGGUAUACCAAUUUGGAUAAAACUUCUUUAUUAUGAAAGAUAUUAAUUUUCAUGCACAAACUAUGUUCCUUGGAGAAUGAAUAUUAUUCAUUUUCAUGAAAUUACUGGAUUUCUGGUUGGUAUAUCGUUCACGACUAAUUUAAUAUAGAAAUAAUUAAUUAUAUUGUAUGAAUUGAAUGUAAAUUGUAACUUUAGUAUUAUAUUAUUAUAUAUUUAUGUCAGUGUGUAAGUGUUAUAUACAUAUUUGUUGCUAUUACAUUUUGUAGCUUAAAUAUGAAUUUAUUUUUAAUGUUUUAAAUAUAUAUUUAUUUUCAAUGUUUGUGCUCAAGCUGAAUAUUUACAACUCACAAUUUAAGUUACAAUACCUGUUCAGUCUAGGUAGUGCCAAUUAAUCUUAUAACAUUUGUUAAUUAUAUAAAGUUCUCAUAGAGUCAUUCUAGAAUUUUCUUUUUUGUACUGGUUGAAUGUUUGUAAUCAGAGUGCAGUAAAAGUAUAUUUUUAUUGCAAUCUGACCAUUUUUAAAUGUCCCGGUCCCAGUGUUCUGGGCUCUCUCCCUGAAUGUCUAGUGUCAGUUGUACAAAUUUUUAAGUUACAACUGCAUGUCAUGUCAAUGCACAUGAGUUUGUAUUAAAAACUUUGCUGCGCCUCUAGCGGGUGGUUUCGGAAACUUAUAUAUAGUUUUCGACACAAACGUGAACGCAGUCUUAGCGUAAAUAUUUGUUUGACCAAGUACUAGUCACUCAGAUGUAUAAGGAGGGUAAAAAUAAGGAGAACUAUCUCAUAUGAGGGAACGGUAGUCCAGUUGUACGCCGUAAAUAACAGUUCCAAAUACUUCCAGAAUGGCGCUAGAAUAGUAAGAGGUUAUGAAAUAAAUUUAGCAGUUGCUGAUAGAGUGAAGUGUGCCGAGUUGAAAAAGUUACUAGUUGUAGUAGUUAAUAUAUACUUAUUUACUAUUUAAUGUAUAAUUAAAAAUUUAACAAUAUUUAAUUUAACAUAACAUUAAUUAAUGGUUUAUUUAUUUAGGUUUGAUUUUUAAAAUGAGCGCCAUUAACGAUAUUUGACGGAGAUUUUUUCAAUCACAAGAUGGUUCUUUUUACUUCUACCCUCCUUAGUUCAUUGGUUUCUCAUAACACAGUGAAUCCUAAUUUGAGGACCAGGUAGUAGUUGUGAUUGAGUGGCAAUUAAAAAAUAAUUUGCGUAUUGCUUUUGGCGACUGGCGACUGAAAAGCCCAUCUUACACGAAUCUUAAUAGGAUUUGCACUGCUGGUUACACCAAGACCCAUUAUUAUUCGUGUCAAAUGUGAUCUUUGACUCCUCUCCCCCAGUCUGUUUUAAUGUUUUAUCGAUUGUUUAUCCCGUUAUAAACCUGUAAAACUACUAUUAUAAAUAUUUACGGUCACACAAUGUAACAAUAGUAUUACAUUCUAAACAGUUACAUAUACUGUUUAGUUUUUAUAAUAAUUCGACACGCAAUAGAAAGCAGAGAUUUAUAUACAAAAUAACAAUUUAACACAUUAUGUAUAUUAUAGUUCGUCGUAAUAUUUUUAAGACUAAGAUUUUUAUUUUUAAGUAUAAUAAUUGGUUGGUUUAAAUGAAAUUUGUAUGUUAUAAUUUCUCGACAUUUGUUUCUGUUAACUCACUCUAAUGAAGACUUCUAGAUAACGUUAGAACCAUUAUAAUCUCUGUAGUUCAGUGAUAGGUGUGUGCUUUUUGAUAAAUGAGAGUGCUGGUUUGAAUCUUGACAAUAUAAGAAUCCAUUUUCAUGUAUGGUCAUUCUAGGUGUUCUCGAAUUUUCUUUGUCUAGUUUCUCAUUCAAUAGGGUUCAGAGAAAAAGAUAAUUGAUGUUAAUUUAGUAUUUACUUCACUGUCGGAAAAUGUUUCUAUAUAUAUUUCAUUUAAAUAGCAACAACCAGUUGGACGAUCGUUUUAAAAGCAACAAUAUCGCACAUUAUGCAUUUAUGUAAAUAACGACAAGUCUAUUACAUAUAACCUAACCAAUUUUCAGUCAUUUAUAUUUUAAGACGGUUAGAGCUUGUGCAGACGAGAGACCACCAUCGAGGAUUUAUGUAUGUCAAUAUAAAUUGCACUGUACGCACGUCCCUGCUUUUGACAAUGGGAAGUUUUGUCCACUCUAGACAAACUGCUCGUCUGUACAGGCCCUUCAAGUGGAUGUGCCCCAAUAAUAGUGAAUAAGACUAAGCUUUGCCUUUACCCUUCUAUACAUAAUAGUGGUAAGCCAUAAGUGAGAUGUAAUUUUCGUAUUGCGUUGACACAAGUAUGUUCCCAUAUUGUAACAUACCUAUAUAAUUGCAAUAUAAUUUUUUGUAUGGUGCUCCAUUUUAUAUUGGUUUACAUUUGUAUCCUACUAUUUUCGAAAUAAACAAGUCCUAGAUUCCAGAA